CUUGCCCAUGCCGAGCUUGAUAACACUUGGUGGGGGGCAGCAGUGCAGUACGCCAACUGGGUGAAGAACAGGAUGGGCAGCAAGGGGCUUGGAGGCAAGAGCCCAUACUCCUUAUGGACAGGGAAGGUGCCGAAUGUUUCCAUGGCACGAGUGUGAAGGUGCAUGGCACAGUAUAAGGUACCUGACCAGCAAAGGAGGAAGCUAGAUCCUAAGGCACAGUGGGGGAUCUUCCUUGGGGUUUCUGAGAGGAGCAAGGCUUGGGUGCUGUGGAGUGUAGCUGACCAGCGUGUGAUGGAGAGCCGUGAUGUGGUUUUCCAUGAGGGGCUGAAUUUUAAGGGGUGGAAGCAGCAUGGUACAAGCCAAAGUGGGACUUCCAUUCAAGACCCUCAUACGGCUUCUAUCUUUGAGGGGGCAUGGGAGGACCCUGGAGAUGAAGGGGAGGAGCAGCAGGAGGAGCCAGAACCAGCUGAUCCUAACCAUGAGGAGUCCCGAGAGACAGAUUCUACCCCUCAGCCAGCCACGCAGGCCGAUGCGCGUGAUGAUCAGCCGGAGCAGCAUGUGCCUUCAACUCCAUCGAGAAGCAGUUGGCAGCAGUUGUUGAACCAGCAGCUGUCCAAGACUCCAAGGACUCCAAUGAAGAGGGUGACUUGGGAGGAGAAGCUGCGGAGGCUGGAAGAAGGAGAGGCAACACCUCUGCGACGCAGUGCUCGAAUUUCCCAGCCACCUGAAAGGUUUUCACCGGGGCACAUUGCACGCAUGCAUGAUCAUCUUGUGUCUGAUUUGGAUGAUUGCAUGCUUGUGGACAUGCAUGGGCAUGAGUAUGCUCUUGAUGUGUGUCUAAUGGGUCAGGUGCAUGAGCCUAGGUCAGUCCAUGAGGCGCUGAACCGUCCCGAAUGGGUUGAGUCUAUGCAUGAGGAGCUUGAGUCUCACAAGGUAAAUGGAUCAUUUGAGCUGGUUGAUGCAGCCGUGGUACCACCUGCCACAGAUUGCCUUUGCAGUCUCACAGCUAUCUAAGGUCGCCUCUUGUCCUAAAAUGUUCCACUUGCAGGCCGCUAAGAGAGUGCUGAGGUACCUGAAAGGUGGUGUCAAGUCAGGUAUCUUCUUCCAAACACAGCCCCAGUCUCAGGUCCAGCUAGUUGGCUUCA